UUUCACAUUAACGCGGUACCAGCUUAUAAAUUGCGGAAAGAAAUGAGAAAGUUGUACACGUUCCUUUCGUUCCAGUAGGCGCAGAGGAAGAAAAGAGACGAUCCUUCUGAAAUUUUCUCCAUGGAGAAUGUGGAGAGCGAUGAGAGAAGUGGCAGCAAAGGGGAGGAUGAGGAAGAAGAGGAGAAGAUAGAGCAGUUUUUUGCUUUGAUCAGAAGUUUCCGGGAUGCUCAAAACAGGCGAAUGAGCGAGUUGAAUGAGAUGGAGGAGAGGAGGAAGAAGAAGAAGAGGAAGAUGGAUGAGGAGCCGUCCACCUGGGUGCCAGCUUUUCGAUUUGAGGACUUUAAUGAUGAGAUUGAAUUCAGACGGCCCCCUCUAAUCUUCCCUGGUAAACGAAAGGAAGACAAGAAGGUGGAAGACCAGGAAGACGAGGGUGGUCUAAACCUCAAACUCACCCUCUAGAUUGUAAAGAAAAAAACCUAUGAAUGAAUUAUGCUUUUGUAAAAUUUAUUUCAAUGGGAGUUUCGAUUUGGAAUUCAA